CCGAGUCAGGUGACACCCGGAAGUUGUAGAGGCGGCUGACGGAAGAACAGCGGCUGCGAAGGGGGCUGCUCUGCCUGCUGCGGCCCCCGGAGCGGCCCUCAUGUGGCUCUCCGGCUGACACCUGCAGGACGCCACUCUCGGGCCUCAGCCACCGGCUCGGGGCUCGUGUCGUCGCGGUGCGGGCCCAUGGAGUCGACUGAGCGCGGCGGCGACGGCGCGCCCCGCGGGCCUGUGCUGCACAUCGUGGUGGUCGGCUUCCACCACAAGAAGGGCUGCCAGGGAUGACAAGAUCUUUCUGUGCAGUUCAGACUGGUUUUGAGCUCAUUGUAUUGCCCAGGCUGACCUCGAAUUUGUAGCGAUCCUCCUGCCUCAGUCACCCGAAUGCUGGGAUUACAGGUUGAAUUUUCUUACCCACCCCUGAUUCCAGGAGAUGGACAUGACAGCCACACUUUACCUGAAGAAUGGAAAUAUUUGCCCUUCCUUGCCUUACCAGAUGGCGCACACAACUACCAGGAAGAUAGUGUAUUUUUUCACUUGCCACCCAGAGAUGGAAAUGGAGACACAGUAUACGGUAUCUCCUGCUAUCGACAAAUUGAAGCCAAGGCAUUGAAAGUAAGGCAAGCCGAUAUCACCAGAGAGACAGUUCAGAAAAGUGUCUGUGUUCUAAGCAAGCUGCCUCUUUAUGGCUUACUUCAAGCAAAACUUCAGCUCAUUACACAUGCAUAUUUUGAAGAGAAGGACUUUUCCCAAAUUUCUAUUCUAAAGGAACUUUAUGAACAUAUGAAUAGUUCCUUGGGAGGAACUUCGUUAGAAGGAUCCCAAGUGUAUCUUGGUUUGUCUCCUCGAGAUCUUGUCCUUCAUUUUCGACACAAGGUUUUAAUCCUGUUUAAAUUAAUUCUCUUGGAAAAAAAGGUUCUUUUUUAUAUUUCUCCAGUGAAUAAAUUGGUGGGUGCACUGAUGACUGUGUUAUCCCUUUUUCCAGGCAUGAUUGAACAUGGUCUCCGUGACUGUUCUCAAUACAGACCUCGCAAAAGUAUGUCUGAAGAUGCUGGGCUUCUGGACAGUAAUCACCCAACACAUACUUCUCUUUCUGGGGUUGCUGUUGAUUUUUCAAAGGCUAGUCCAGGGACUGUCAAGAAAGUCAUGGUAGAAAACCAUGGAGGGGAUACUGCCAUCAAGACUGGAAAACCUUUGCUCCACAGAGAAGAUGAUUGCAGCAAAAGACAAGAACUUGAUACCACUCAAUAUUUGAAACCUCCAUCUCGUCCAUCUCCAGAGUCUUCAGAAAGUGACUGGGAAACCUUGGACCCUAGUAUCUUAGAAGAUCCCAACUCAAAAGAAAGGGAACAACAGGUGGGGUCAGAUCAGACGAACUUAUUUCUAAAAGACUCUGUGCCCUCAGACAGCCCUCCAAUUACUGUACAACCUCAAGCCAACACAGGACAGGUGGUACUGAUACCAGGACUCAUUUCAGGUUUAGAAGAGGACCAGUAUGGCAUGCCCCUGGCCAUCUUCACAAAGGGAUAUCUGUGCUUGCCCUACAUGGCCCUGCAGCAGCAUCACCUUCUCUCUGAUGUCACCGUUCGGGGAUUUGUUGCUGGAGCUACUAACAUCCUUUUUCGACAACAGAAACACCUCAGCGAUGCCAUUGUGGAAGUAGAAGAAGCUCUGAUCCAGAUCCAGGACCCAGAACUCAGGAGGCUGCUUCACCCCACCACUGCAGACCUCAGGUUUGCAGAUUACCUGGUGAGGCAUGUGACCGAGAACCGUGACGAUGUCUUCCUGGAUGGCACAGGUUGGGAGGGAGGUGACGAGUGGAUCCGGGCCCAGUUUGCCAUCUACAUCCAUGCCCUGCUGGCUGCCACAUUACAUCUAGAUAAUGAAAAGAUAUUGUCAGACUAUGGGACCACUUUCGUUACAGCAUGGAAGAAUACUCACAACUACAGGGUAUGGAACAGCAACAAGCAUCCAGCACUUGCAGAAAUAAACCCAAACCAUCCAUUUCAAGGCCAAUAUUCCAUGUCAGACAUGAAGUUAAGAUUGUCACAUUCUGUUCAGAAUAGUGAACGUGGCAAAAAAAUUGGAAACGCGAUGGUUACAACCAGCCGGAAUGUGGUACAAACAGGAAAAGCUGUUGGACAGUCAGUUGGAGGAGCUUUUUCCAGUGCAAAGACAGCUAUGUCUUCGUGGCUUUCGACUUUUACCACUUCUACACCUCAGAGUCUCCCCGAGCCUCCUGACGGGAAGCCCUGAGCCAUGACAGAAGCCACUUCACUUCCGUAGGUAUAAAUGCUCCUGGCCACCUGUGCCCCAGCCUCACCUUCCCCGGCCACAGAGCCGCAGCCAGGCCCUGGAUGCCGAGCUGUUUACCUGCACAGUUGCACUGUCGGAUGAACACCAUCGGAUACUGAAAAGACAAGGUCACAGGCACAGCAGGGUGGACUCUGGCUUGACCUUUAAAUUGACUACUUUUCUUCUUUUCUGAGCCUAAAAUGUGCAGCAAACCUUCCAAUGAAGUCCUUAAUUUCAGAGAUUGUACAUCUGUUUACUUUAGAGACAUUUGUGUGUAAAUUUUGUUGUUUCGCCUCUGAAUAGAUGCCCAUUUUAAUUUAUAUUUGCUAAAAUUAAGUUAUAUUACUAUUUUUAAUUUCUCUAAUGCUGGCUGUAAAAUGUACUUAUCAAGGUAAAGGGCUGUAAAUCCAGCCAUUAUUGUUUUCCUAAGUUCUAGGAUUUUUUUUUUUUUCUGUGUUUCCUAUCCAUAGAACACUCUGAUCAGUUCCUUUCUUCCUAGAACUGCGCAAAAUGGAGCAGGAGUACUGUGCAUAGAGUGUCUGCUUUCAGGCAGUUGAUCUGUUCUUUUCUAGUAUGCUUGCUAUGAGGCCGGUGCUCUCCUCCCCCUGUUGACUGUGCCACAGCAGGUGGACAGAGAAACAGCAUGUGGACAGUCCCAGUGGUGAGUGGUUUGACUUGGGAUAACCUGUGGUCAGGGCUUUCAAAGACCCAUACAUUAGUUCUGUCAACUCUAGCCAUGUGUCAGUCUUUGCCAGAAUUUUUGUUUGUCUGUUUGUUUGGUACCGGGGAUCAAACUUAUGACUUCACACUUAUCAGUUAGGCGCUUAGGCCACUGAGCUAAAUCCCUGGCUGCCAACAUUUUUUAAUUCAAAGUUGGUGCCUUCUUGUUCUUCACUUGAGUAGUUUCCCAUCACUAUUAUCAGACCUACAGUUUCUUCUUCCUCUUCCUCAUAAAGCUUUUCUAGGUACUUGGCCUUCCUGCUUCCCUAACUAAAAAUCCUGCAAACAAUCCUUGCCUCUUUCUAAAAGUAUUUAUAAAAUAAAAGCAUAAAAGGACUGGGGAUUUAACUCAACAGUAUAAGCAACUGCCUGGCAAGUGUGAGGUUGAGAGUUCAAUCCCCAGUACCAAAAAAAAAAAAAAAAUUGUGUGUGUGUGUGUGUGUGUACACAUGUGUGUACAUAUGUGUAUAUUUAUUUAUACACACACACACUUACUAAGAAAGAAAGUCCAUCAUGUCUUUGCCAAGAAAGGCAAAAUGAUCCACAAAAUUAAAGAGAAAUCUUAGCUGGGGUGAUGAUAUAUACCUUUACUGCCAGCAUUCUGGGAAGCUGGGCAACUUUGCAACUUGAGACUGUCUGAAAAAUAAAAAUAAAGACUGGAGAUGUAGCCCAGUAGGGCUGCCCUAGGUUCAGUCCCCAGUGAUAUCCCAAAAACAGGGGAAAAAAAUUUUAGCUCCCAAUUAAUAAACCAGAAAGCAGAAGCAGCAGACCACAGCCCUGUACUUUGUUACCUGUCUCCAGGAGGCCUGGGUUUGGCUUGCCACUUGCCACCCACAUGCCCCUUGAUGCUCUACAGCACUGGAGUUCACAUGUUCCCAUGCUGCUUUUCCAGGAGCCUGGGAUGGACUUCUCAGAGCCUUGAGGAGCAGACUCCCUUUCAGCAGCAGGGGACUCUGGGAAACUCCUUUUCAGUUGACUUUUGUAUUCUGUGAGGAGUAUUGGGGAAUUCAGGUGCCUGAUUGAGGAUGCUGGUUACAUUUGUUUUAUCCUGUAUGAAAUAGGUAAUUAUGAAGUAAUCCUCUAAAGUCAUGUGAAAUAAACAUGUGACCUAAUCUAAAUAUCUAAGUUUCCUAAUUUGAAUUUGAACACAAGUCCAGUGAACCCAAAAGCAUACUUCUUCUGUUUGAGCGUAAUAAUUUGAAAGCUCAGCAAAGAUACACUGAAGGACACAGUAUGAAAACUCCAUUGAUUUGCUCCAUCCUGGAAAGUUAAUGUCAAGAAGUAUUAUUUGAAUGCCAGUCGUGGCACAUGCCUGUAAUCCCAGCAUUUGGGAGGCUGAGGCGGGAGGAUCACUGUAAGUUCAAGGCAGCCUGUACUACAUAGUGAGAUCCUGUUUCAGAAUAACCAAACCAAAACAACAAGAAAAAUAUUUGAAAACAGGAAAGUAAUAGCAGACAAUACCUUGAAGGGUUCUGUAUAGGAUUGUACUGAGACUGUCUCAUCUGAAGGCCACACCACAUGUUGGAGUAUAAUACUGUGUCCCACUGUGGUGGUCACCCACCUGGUGCCAGCAGUUUGCUGUAUGAGUUGCCUAGUGCUCUAGGAGGGAUCAGCAAGAUGCUGAGUGCUGUUCUGCUGGUGUCAGACUUGCAUGUUAGGGGUGGGUUCCUAUCUCUUAUUCAGAAGCAGCUUACAGAUAGUUUUUAAUCCACUGACAUAAAGCCACAUGAAAUUACAUUUUGCUCACUGGUUUCCCAUUUGAAUGUGUAUUUUAAUUGAGCCUUCUACUAAUCUUUCUGGUUUAAUUGUAAAGUUGGCACUUAAUUGACUUUCAACCUAAAAUGAACAUCUCAAAAGAUAAAAAUGAUGUCAGAGGCCUUACCUGUGCUUCCUUCUGGUUUCUGGAUGAUGGAGGCCAGGACAGGACGCCUGGCACUGGCUAUGAACCCACAGGCCUCAGGCUUGCUUUCCAGCCGCACCAAGUGGCAAGCCAGAGGCAGUGCCUCCCUCCAAAUAAUGGCUGUGCAGCUCCACAGUUGGUCCUGGCCAUCUUCUGAUAGACCAGACAGGUGGGUCUGUUGGUACUGCACUUUUGCAGUGACAUUAGCCAGCUUUUGCAGGUAGGCAUGCACAUAGAGGAAUCUGCAUCCUAUUGGUAGCUUCCCUGCUGUUCAGAUAACUUAAGACUAGUAUUUUUUUAAAAAACUGGUACAUAUAUUCACUUAGGCCUUGUAAUGACAUGGCAUAGAUAAGGAAGACAGUGGUAAAGCUACAGGUAUGGAGUAGAGGAAUAGAGAAAGUCACAUGUCACAAAGGCUUCGAAUGACUUUGCAUAUGUAUUUGGCUGAUAUGACCAGUGUAGAAUAGUUGUCCCCAAAUCCAUUGCUGACUCACUGGCUCCCAAGCCCUAAAACAAUUCUCAUGGACUUUUGCUUUAAGUCACAGCAUCUAUUUUUCUUUGUCAGCCAACCAGUGUGAAUGAUGUCACUUCCUCAGGCUUCUGCUUUCCAAACUCUGUAACUAAGCAUUUAAUGUUUGUAGACUUCCUUAGGAAAGCCACAGUAAAGGCAAAUUAGGAAGAGAACGAAAGAGAAGUUGUUUUGUGGCUGAGGAAGAGGUAUUUAAAAUCUGAAUGAAAUAUUUUGAGAGCAGUAUUUAAUCUGUUGAGAGUUAAAAGAAUUCUUUUAGAAAGAAGUUUGAAUUUUAAUCUGCUAGCUUCAGGUUUCUAAAUGAAGCUAUAGUGUUACCUCCCUGGCAGGUAGGUUUUGCUAAUGUUUUAUAUUCUGUGGGAAAAAGUUUUAUGAGAGUUAUUCUCAAUUGUCCUUUUCUAGCCAGUGCUGGUCGGGAGCCUCUUGGCUGUGUGGGGCUGACCGAUGUCCUUGUCCUUAACCACAAUCACCUGUGUGGCGGUAGCAGCUGCUGAGUGUGGCCUGGUACUGUUAGGAGAGUUGGCUGGCUGGCACUGCUGUUUGCAUGCAUUCUCUAUUCAAUGGAGGCACACUGUUCGCAACGUCCCACCCAGUCCCUUGGUCACCUUUCAGCAUGAUAAGGAUGCUGUCCUGAUCCCUUAAGAUGGCUGUCAUUCCACAUAGCAGCACGUGUGCUAGAAAUCUCCUCAUUCCAAGUCUUCAGACUUCACAGCAUUGGAAUUGCUUUUUGAUAAUUUCCAACAUCCCAAAGACAAAAGGAAUGUGCAUUUUAUUCUUUUUGUAUCUAUAACUUCAUACACACAACUUCCUGCAUUCAUUGUGAAGGAGACAGGAGCUGCCUUGUGUGGUGGCUCCACCUUAAAGGUUGUGCAUGACUAAAGGGUUGGGUAUAUUUUGUAAACUUCUAAAUACAUUUGUAUUUCUGUGCUGUUCAAAAGUUUACCUUUUUACUUAUACUAAUUAAUGAUAUAGAAGCUAUAUAUUUAAAUCAUGGAAAUUUGGGGAGUUUCCCCAGUCUUGUUUUUUUUUAUCAGCUUCUCGUAGUAUGCUGCUCAAAUUUUUUUAUGUGCAAUAUAAACAUUUGAACAUUUUGGUCAGGUACUGAGCCAGAAUAGGUCAUGGAAGUUUUCAGAAAGCUUCUGUGCUUAAAUAUUUUGUCGUUUUCAUGAAAUACUAGUAUUUUAUAGCUGGAAAAGUAAGAGCAAGACUUACGUGUUUCAAGCCACUUGAUCAUCAGUGCCUAAAUAGGAAGCAUAUGACCAGUGAGUUGAUGAAGGCACUUAGUGGUUACAGAACUAUAGUUUAAAAAAAUUGAGUUUCAAGGCUUUCUACAAAUGGUCUAAGAAAUGUUAGUUGUGGUACAUGUUUUGAUCAGAAAAGUAGUUUUGGUUUUUUGCUCUAGGAGUUUUAUAAUUUGUGUUCUUCUCAUUAAGAGUUUAAAUUACAGAUGACAUUUAAUGAUACUGAAUUGUAAAACUUCUAUUGUAUCUUUAAGAAAAAAAGAAUAAAAUUAUUCUCUGUCCUGCA